GAAUUGGACGAAACUUUACGAUGAAGUGUCCAUACGAUCAUAGGCACGGAAAUCGUUGAAUACCUUCUACGUUCGUGAUGUUAGAGCAUAUAUAAUAUGAAAAUACCUACAAAAUCAGACAAUUUAAGCUUGAAACCCAAGGAAAAAAACUUAGUUGUAAAUUUUGAAAACUCAUUUAAUAAUUGUUUAUCCUUAUUGCUAACAAAUAGUGAAAAUUUUCCUCAAUAUAAUUUUGAAGAAAAAAAAACAGAUAUUGAAUAUGCAAUUGAAUCUUUUGUUGAAAAGGCUAAAGAAAUUGAAAGUUUUUUUAUAGCAAAACGUUUUUUACAUUCAACAUCAAAUCAAGAUGAUCAAUUGUUAGAAGAAAUAAACGAUCUUAAACGAGAAUUGAAUAAAAAAGACGAGCUCAUCAAAAAACAUCAAGAAAAAUUGGACAAUUGGAAGAAUAUAUUGUCAGACAUUCAGAUUACAAAUCAUCAAUCUUCUUCAAACUUGAACAGUCAAUCUUCCGGAAGCUCUAAAAUUAUCUCUUCUAAUCGAGAUUAUUCGGCAACGGCUGGCUCCUCAAACUACUUUAAUUCUACUCUAAGUGGUUUGUUAUCCAAAGGUAUAACUCCCACUACGAUUCACCACCCAAGUGCGGGGCCUGAUAUCUCCCAAACACAAAACACCACGCUAAACACGAACAAUUAUAAUUUUGGUAGCCCCGCUGCUCCACUAAUAAGGGGACCCCGAUAUCUUAGUUUUGGCCAACAACCUCUAAAUUUUUUAAAUUUUACGGACCCAUUAAACAGUGAUCCUAAUUUAAUAAACGUUGCAGCGACGUCUCCAUUUCCGAGUAAUAUAUCGAUCAACCCUUCCUCAUCAAUAGCACCUCAAUCGCAAAAUAAUAUUCAAUUGAACGGUCCUUUAGCUUAUCUCGAAAAGACCGCUUCCAAUAUAGUUUGAACGGUUCGAUCUAAAGAGGGGGGGGGGAUAAUUUAUCAAUUUACACUAUUGCAUUAUGCUUAAAUUUUAUAUAAUACACUAUUUAACAACCUUGCAUUAUAUCAUACACAAUUUUGCCGCUUCAAACAGUAUCAAUUCAAAAAAUAUGAUUAAUACGAACCAUGGCUGCGCUAUAAUUGUCGAUAGAUAUCCCUUUGUUAAUGGGAAAGGAUUUCAUAGAAAUCUCGACCUAUUUAUCACAUUUCGAUCAAAAAAAUGUUACCCUAUUUUUAACGAUCAUAAUGAUUACCAUCCUUUUAACCUAACCUAUACUAAAAGCCUUCGGAAUAUUUAUUUAAUUAUCGAUAUUUUGCUACGCGAAGAUUUGUACGUGCUUAAAUCUGAAUUAGAAUUAUUGUCCCAUUAUAAUGAUGACGAUUACAUUUUUAUAUCUCAUAUAAUGACAGUUCCCGAUGUAAACGAGUUAGACAUCGAAAACAUGUCACCACCAUUUUCACACGAUGAUAUCAGCCAUUUUAAAUACUUCCGCUUAUCUCUCACGUUAACAUUACGAAUUUUGUUAAAUAGUGAGAGGAGUUGGUACAUUAUUCGCAAAGAAGAUAUUCUUAUAAAAAUACCGGUGCAUUUUAAAUAUCACCCAGCUCAUGUUAAGAGUGGAUAUCUUAACCUUUCGUUAGGUCUUAACUUCGGUAAAGAGUUAACCUCCUAUUCUCCUUUGGCCAUUGUUCGUGACCUUAUGUUUAUUCAAGAAAACAAGAUAUGUUGCAAUGUUAUACCACUGCGGAAUUCUCAUUAUUUAUUAAUCUUGAAAACCUCAAACCUAGGUUUAUUAUCGAACAUAUCAUCUUUACCAAUCGGCGAUAUUUCGCAUUUGGAAUUUGUUAACGCCGUUAGCAAUGUUUUAAUAUUAUUUGCGUUUAUAUUGAUUAUGUAUGUUAACUUUAAAAGUUGAUUAUGGGGUUUUUGUAAAAGUAAGAUAUAAUAUGCCCUUAUUUAAUUAUAACGAAGUUAAAUAAAUAAUG